AUGGUAUACUAAUGUUUACCAUCUUCUCUAAUACACUUCCUCCCACCCCUUUGAGGCAUCUCAGUUCUCCAGCAGGUGAAAUGCUGGAGCAUCAGGGUACCUAAAACAGUGACUGCUGUGGAAGGGAGCUGUGUUGUGGUACCGUGUCAGACAGAACCUCAUAAUCGAGUCAUCUGGUACGAGUACCAUAAUAUGAAGUAUCCUGUUGUUUAUGAUGGACUUCAUCCUCAUGAAGUGGAACACCAGUUCAGAGGACGCACCAAAGUAUUGGGCAAAGCUGCAGAGGGAAACUGCACCCUGGUGAUUGAAGAUGUGAGCAGAGCUGACAACCACCUACGUGUUUAUGUGUGGAUCAAUCCAGACUCUCAGACAACUCAGAAAUUCUAUAAUCAAAUUGUAACUAUUUUUGUUGACAGAAGCGCUCCCAUAAUCUCCGUGCAGAGGAAAUUAGUGGAAGGGGAUAUUUUCCAGGCUGACUGUGGCAUUAUCUACUCUUGCCCUUCCUUACCUCCAUCACUUCAGUGGAACAUGAACACAUUUCCAGAAAAUUACACUUCAGUGGAUUUCAGCAUGGAAAUGCGGGGGCAAUGGUUCCACCAAAAAGUACUGCGUGGACUAGCAACCCAUCUAAUGCAUAACAGUGGGAUUAACUGUUCUGCAAAGUUCAGAACCUUUACAACGGGUAGUCAACAUAUUACACUCGACAUUUCAUACAAGCCAGUCACUGUGACUCUGGAAAUGGAAAAGAAAGAUGUGGUGGAAGGUGGCAGCGUCAUCAUUGACUGUGCUGCCAAUAGUAACCCUCUGCCACACACAUACUCAUGGUUUAUAAGGCAGUUAGACCAGAACAGGAAGAUAGAUUCAACUCAGAGUAAAAUGUCCUUCAGCAACAUUACACGAGAUACAUCUGUGUCCUGCAUGGCUUUCAAUGACCUUGGAGAGCAGCAGUCCAUCUGGGUGGAUCUGGAUGUUCAGUACCCCCCGGUAAUCCUACCGGAGUCCUUGUGCCACCUGAAGGGAAAUGUUCUGAGGUGUGUCUGUUUGGUCAAGGCGUCCCCUAAUGCUUCUAUAGACUGGAUUAUUGAUGGAAAUUACACUCAUUUGUCUUCAGUCACCUCUGCAUUCAUGAAUAAGAAACAUGCAGUCUCUCUGGAAAUACAGAUUCCAGCUAAAACUCAGACCAAUGUAUCUUGCACAGCCAGGAACCGACUCGGAAGUUACACUAAACAGAUGUCUACAGAGUCAGGGUCAUGUAAGUCGAGCCAAAGAUGA